GACACUGUAAACAGUACACACUACUGAAGACUUUUGAUCACUCACAUAUUUUGGUCACCUUGCUGUAUAGGCAGCAAUCCCUCCCUGUCUCAGAUUCUUGAGUUUACUGAGACUGCAAGGAACAGAAAACACAAAACAUGCAAAGUGAAGACAGCAGACCGCAACCUGAUGCACCCCCGCAGUACAGUCAGCCUCAACAAUCUCAGCCACCCGGGGCAGUGCAGCAGCAGUGGGGCUACCCUCAGCCGCAGAUGGGGUACCCACAGCCUGUAAUGAUGCAGCCACAGCAGCAGCAGCAAUCUGUCAACAACACGACAGUCGUCGUGAACCAGCAGCAGCAGCCCGCUGCGCCUGCGUACAAACCGCCACGCGCAUGGACGAGCGGAAUCUGCGGGUGCUUCGACGACUUUGGCGUGUGUUGCUGUGUGUGGUUUUGCGCGCCGUGCGCUGCCUGUCAGCUGGCCACGGACAUGGGAGAGAACUGCUGCGUUCCUCUGUGCGUGCCGGGCUGGCUUAUCGUCCUUAGGACAAAGCUUCGCACGCAGCACAAUAUACACGGGAGUGUCAUGGACGACUGCUGUUCGUCCACCUGUUGCUACCAUUGUGUCAUGUGUCAGAUGAUGAGAGAAGUGAAGAUCACAAGGGGCGUGGCGUACUAAAGUCAACCUGAGCAGCUCGCAGCCACCCAUGGCCGAGGUCCAUCUGUACAUCCCUCAAAUACACAGCAAGGGAGGGAAAAAAGUCAGGAUUGUGGAAACUUAGGUCUCAUCCCAGCAGCAUUCAUAAUUCUGUCGUAUACUACGUUUUAUUUAUAAUGUUACAUGAAGCUCAAAUUCAAUAAAAGUAAACCACCCGUGAACUAUAAUAAUAUCUGAAUCAUACUUCGUUUUGCACAACGAAAACACAUUUUGGUUAAUUUUUCUGAUAACAGCUGUGUAGCUUUUCUGUUGGCUGUAGCUAAGGAGAAGUUCGUGUCGGACGGUCGUGAGUUAUCCACGUUUUCGCUUUUCUAUUUACCUUGGCUCAGUCAAAUUAUGCAAGGACAUGCCUCAUGUGAGCUCAAGGGAACUUGCCGGUGGCAGUCAAACUCCAUAGUCUAAGGGAAGAAACAGGACUACAUGCUCACUCACAGCAGAUAAGCUGGUCAUAGAUGUAAAAUGUACAAACAGGUUCACAUUGUUGGAUACAUUUAUUCAUCAAGUAUCCCUCGAGUUCGUUUUGAAAGUUUAUUUUUCCUUGCGUUACCACUUGUGUAAGGUCAUUUCCUUUCCAUUUAAAUUAACAAAGGCAUAACUCAGCAGUAUUGAUAAGGCUAUAUAAACCGCUUACAUUUCAUAAAUAAAAAUGUUAAUAAAGCAAACAAGAGCAGUGAACAUUACUUGUGUAUAGGUUUGUAAUAAUUUUAAAUUUUCUUUAAUCUUUCUUUCCCUGCCUCGUUCUUCGAGAUUUGUUUGUAAUGAGAUAUUUAAAAAGUAUUCUCAUAGUCAUUUUCAACCCUGGCUGUGAUAAUCAUGAUCAUUAUUGUUGUUACUGUUAUUACUAUAAAAUUUCUUUGUUGUUGUUA